UCAUGAUGACAAACCAAAAGACUGUUUUCGUGUCAUUUCCUAUUUUGCUCAUGUGAAGAAUUAUUGUUAAAGGCGAAGGUAAAGACGACCUAACAGGUUGGUCAGCAGUUUCGGAUCAUCGUCCGGUCGAUUGUCAACAUAACCUCUAGAUUUGCGGUAAAUAUUUGACGAUCGAAGAAAUAUAAACACAAAACUCUUGAUGAGCAAACAGUAGAAACACAAGAUGAGUGGCAGUAUACGAAGCAAUCCUAUCGAACGAAGAUUCAGAAGGCGACAAACUGAAGAUUAUCAUCAACGGGUAUGUAGAAAUCGUUCGUGCGAUCUUUACAAGAACGGUUUGAGUGUCGGUUACAGUCGAUGUUUUUAUUUCAGUUAAUAGUAAUCACAGCUGUUAACCAUUGCGUUUUAGAAUUCGCUUCUACCUUUACGUAACUGUUAGUUAACUGAAGGACAUCGAUCGUGUACUUGUUUUACUUCGUCUCGGCGAGGCGCAAACUAUGAUCUUCCGAUAUAAACAUGCUGUAGAUCGAAGUGAAUUUUAAUACGGCGCACCGUGGCGUGAAAGUUAACGUUCUACAUGUAGAUCUCAUAUCGAUCUUGUAUAUGAAGCCAAUAUAAUUGAUUGGAACAGUUGUGAGAAAAAAAAGACCAGACGGCGUUUUGCCAGGUUAAAUGAUAUCAAAUCAAUUAUGUGCAGUAUUUUAAAGUGCUCGUCCUUAAUACAUGCAAUAUCAUCCAGCAGAUUUUUAAAUUUACUUUCUUCCGUAUUUGGUGCUUGUCAAAUAGUAAAAACAUCAUUAAUAUUAGUAUGUAUUUAUAUAAGAUCAAUUUAUAUCCUCGAAUGAAAUGUGUAAGAGUAGAGACAUUUUAAAAACCCUUGACUGAAGUAUAUUUUCACCUCUUCUGUUAAAUAUUUACAUAAUUUUAAUUUACUUUCUGUCAUGGCAACAAAACGAAUUUAGAAAACGAGUUUGUUGUUCCAAAUUACGCUCAACUCUAUAAUCUUUGUAAUUUGAUCUACUUGUUAAUUUUAGCUGCAAAAUGUCAAGCCAUUCCUUGAUAUAACACCACCAAAAGAACAUCAACACCUUCAGUUAUCUGUAAAAAAGCUACAGGUAAGGCACUUUAAUUUUUUGUUAGCGGAAAUGUCUUAAUAACACAUUGCCCAAUAUCCAGAAAUGUACUUGCCUUUUUAUUACAUAAGACUGAGAAAGAGAAAUACAGUAUAACUGGAAUAUAUACUUUAACUGAGCAGAACUUUAACGAAUUAGUUUUUUUUUUUGCGUCCUAACCUAAGUGAUGAUGAGAUCAUUGAGGCCCAUGCCCAGAGCAUCUACCAUGACAGAGUUUUCUAACAAAUUCAGGCAAGUUCUAGAAGUAUCUGAAUUUCUUCUGAGUCUACUUUUAAUUGUUCCACAGAUGCAGCAGGAAAGACAGGCUGCCAUUGAUCGACAGAAUGAAGUGAUUCUUUCAGCACUGAUGAAAAUCAAACAGUCACCUGCCAGGGUAGACCAUUGGAAAAAGGACUGGAAACCAAGGUUUGUUAAUUAAUUACCGUAUUUAUUCGAUUAACCGCCCUGGGCGCUUAUUAAAUUUUUUGACCUUGAGAGUUUUUCGCUUAUUCGAGUUGGGCGCCUAUUCCAGGCUGGGCGCUCAUUAAAUUUUCACCAUUCUCAGCAAGUGUAGUAGUAUAUUUUGCAACAAAACAGUAAAUGCUAAUUACAAAAAGCGAAGAUGCAACAAAACAAGGUUUCUGUAAAAUACUCUGAAGAAAACUCCGUCUUCGGGAGGGUCUCUUAUUAUCUCUUAUUGGAGUUUUGUGGGAGGGAGUAGGGGGGCGCUUAUUCGAGGCUGGGCGCUUAUUAACUUUUUCUGCCUUUAGGAUGGGCGCUUACUUGAGGUGGGCGCUAAUUCGAGGUUGGGCGCUUAAUCGAACAAAUACCGUAAAUGUUANGAAGUAUCUGAAUUUCUUCUGAGUCUACUUUUAAUUGUUCCACAGAUGCAGCAGGAAAGACAGGCUGCCAUUGAUCGACAGAAUGAAGUGAUUCUUUCAGCACUGAUGAAAAUCAAACAGUCACCUGCCAGGGUAGACCAUUGGAAAAAGGACUGGAAACCAAGGUUUGUUAAUUAA